ACAUGGCUAUUGCGCACGUUAGCUAGCCUAAAGCAAAUGUUUUGUGUUUUUAACUCAAUCUUUUUUCCAAUUAGGGAUAAACGACCCAAAUUUAAGAGUUCGCCUUGCACCGAGCCUUAGAUUUGUUCACCUCAAAUCUGCCUAGGGAUUGUCUUAAAUGAUGGUUCUUAAUCUCCCCCUUAUGCCCACCCUUCAUAUAACCAAUAAAAUGCAUUAGCUCCUACUAAAAGUUACUUUUGCAGGUUUUGUACAGCUUUUCAAUUUUAUUUUUUUUUAGGAUUUUUUUGAAAAUUACCACCUAUAAUUGUUGUUAUUUUAGCAAUUACCACCUAUAAUAUUUUUUUUUUUUUGAAUUUUACCACCUACUAUUUUUUAAAACAUCAAAACUUUCCAUUUACUUGGCUCUCAACUCAAAUGAGACGUCAUGUGGGGCCAACUAACUACCUUCCCACCCUUUUUCCUUCCCUUUCUUUCUUUCUUUCUUUCUUUCUUUCUUUCUUUCUUUCUCACUCGAUUUCUCAUCCCCCUGUAUUGUACUCCUCUCAAAAUUGGGGAAAAACUUCAAUUUGUGAAAUGAUUAACCUGAAUAUGUAAUUUAAUUUGAAGUUUUCCCCAAUUUUCGAAAGGAGUACAAAAUAAGGGAAUGAGAAAUCGAGAGAGAAAUAAAGAAAAGGAGGGAAAUAGGGUGAGAAGGUAGUUAGUGGACCCCACAUGACAUCACACUUCAGUUCGGAGCCAAGUAGGUGGGAAGUUUUGAUAUUUUUAAAAAAGGAAGUGGGUGGUAAAAUUAUAAAAAAAAAAAAAAAAAAACUGUAGGUGGUAAUUCCUAAAACAGCAACUAUUGUAGGUAAUAAGUAUCAAAAAAUCCUUUUUUUAUUAAUACAAUCACAUGCAAAAUGUAGCAAUAGUAGUACGGAUUACUUGUUUAUGUCGUUUUUUUUUUUGUUUUUUUUUUUUGUUUUUUUUUUUUAUUUUUAUUUUUUUUUUAUUUAAUGUAGUCAUCAUAUAACUCUUAUUUACAAGAGUUGUGUCUUAUUUCGAAAACACCAAUUGCAAUCUCCAAACUAAAAACACUCAUUUCUUCCUUCUUAAAUUUUCUCCCUCCUUAAGAACCACCUAAGAAACCCCCAUUAUUGAUGCUUUUAGGAUUUAAGCUAUAAUAGCCCGAGAAAUCCUCAAAAAUAUUACGAGGAGGGUAGGUAAUAAUAUUAUUAUAAAGUGACGUGGAGUAAAGAGAAGAUGGGGCGGAGGCAGGAGGGAAAGAGAGAUAAAUUUGGACAAGCAUAACAUAUAUUCCCUCCGUCUCCAAUUGUUUGCCCCAUAGAAAUAUUUCAUUUUAUGAAGUUUUGGGUGAGUGGAAUUGAUGAGAGAGAAAAGUGGUGGGACCUAUAGUAUUUUUGUGAGAAUAAAGUACUAGUCCCUAUGUACAUUAAUAUUAUGGAGCAAUUUUUAAGGGAUGACUUAAUAAAAAGGAAAUUAGGGCAAACAAAAAGAACAGAGGGAGUAUUAUUACGUAUCCAUAAAAUUUAUUCUUUUUUCCACUCUAUCUCAAAGAAAAAAAUAAGUCAAGUUAUAAAAAAAAUCUACAUCAACAAUUCAAUAGAUCAACCUACAUGGAAAAUGGAAAUCAUCCUUGCCACAUUUUUAAAAAAGGACCAAAACCUUUGCUCAAAAAAUAACCCUAGUUUUUCAAAAUGUUAUCCCCCUUAUUUAUUAAAAACAAUCUUGCAGUAGAAUUUAUUAAGAACAACCCCCUUAUUUAUAUACCCCAGUACCCCACUGCUGUUGCAUCUCAAACACUUCCCCCUCAAAAUCUCACACUAAUUUCAUUUGGGCGGGAGAAGAAAACUCUUUCAUCUUCCUCUUCCAAAUUUCGCCAUCUUUCUCUCUCUUCAACCUUCACUUUCUCUCUCCUACAACAAUGGCGGACAACAACAACAACAACAAUCAUGGCGGUAACCCAGACUCGGAGGAAUCUGGAGAAGAUUCUUCAUCACCGCUAAGUAAGCUUCGUCGUCGUUGGGAGCUUGCUUCUGUCCUUAAUUUUUUCAGCGUUUUCGAGCCGUUGAUUGGUAAGGAAUCGAAAAUGUCAGCGGAAGAGAUCGAAGAUGCUUUGAUUAAUCCAAAUUCUUCACUUACUAAGCUUCAUAUCGCGCUUCUUAAGGGGAUACGACCUGUUAACAAAAAAUUGUCUGAACCUGAUUACUGGGUGAAAAGUCUUUGUAUAAAGCUAGCUGAAUGGUGGCCCUGGGUUGCUGAAGGCGAAGUUCCUCUGGUUGCAGCAAAAGGAGAAGAAGUAUCCAGAUACAAGAAACUUGAUCCAACAAUGCGGUUGCUGAUGUUAAAGGCAUUGUGUGAAAUCCGAGCAUUGCAAGAUGAUCUGGCUUCUUUUAUCAAUGAUGCACUCAAGGAAGGGGCACAAAUAUCUCAAUUUCGUAAAGAUAAGAUUGCUCAAGAUAAAAAUGGGGUUUCUUACUGGUAUGAUGGGGAUCCAGUUAUUGGUCAUAGACUGUACAUGGAAGUGGACAAUGGCAUGUUGAAGCAGAAGCAUAGGGGUAAAAACUGUGUAGAUCUGAAAGAAACCAACUCAGAGUGGGAGAUUCUUGCUACCAAUCUUGAUGAAUUUCGUAAAGUCUCUGAGAGAUUUUCUUCUUGCCAAGUUGGAGUUGAGGCAGCAGUGCAUGAGACUAUUGAAACUGAAGUUAUUCCUGUACUUGAAAAAUUGCAGAAGAAAAAAGAGAGGGAUCUGAAGCGACGUCAGAGAGAGGAAGCUUAUGUGAGUGGUUGUCACUCCUAUGCUGCUGGAGUUACCCGUUCUUGUCGCACACGCAGACCUGUGAAGUAUACAUUUGAUGAUUUUGACCGGACAAUUGACGAGGCUAUAAAAGAGACAAGGAAAGGGAAAGUUAGAAAGGUGGAAAGGAAUGACACCAUGCAUCCCAAACAUGGGAAAAGUGGUGAUGCUUCUGAUGCAGAUUUGCAAAAUAAUGCUCAUGCUGACGGAUCUCCAGCUUCCACUUCCAAGGACAAGCAAAAUGACCGACAGGGUGAAGGGGAUUCCAAUGAUGAGGAAAUUGACCAAUUGAGUAAAGGUAGUGACAUUGACGAGGAAGAUGACCAAAAGGGUGAAGGCAGUGAAAAUGACGAGGAUAACCAACAGGGUGAAGGCAGUGAAAAUGAUGAGGAGGAUAACCAACAGGGUGAAGGCAGUGAAAAUGACGAGCAGGAUGACCUUCGAAGUGAAGGCGGUGACAAGGGCAAGGAUAUAAAUUGUACUGACAUUGCUGGCAAAAGUGAUAAUGAGGUAGUUAGUGAUAGUGAAAGCGAUUCAAGUGAUUUUGAGCAUGAAAAUGUCAAGCAUGAUGGAGCAAAGCAUAAUAAAGUUCUUUCGCAAGUACAGAAAGACAAUGUUGCUACCGGCUUGCAGAUGAAAAAGAAUUCAGAUUGUAUUUCUGGUCAGAAUCUUCAUGAAGGCAGGAAUCCAGAAGCUAAGAAUCGAUAUAGGCAGAGGCCUACACUAAACAGUGCCUUGAAUUCUUAUGUUGUCCCUGAUUCAGAAGAUGAAAGCUCUCCCGAGAAUUCGAGUGGUGAUGCAUCAGGUGAGGGAGAUCCAUCUGAGGUUGCUGAUUCUGAGGAUGAAAUUAGCAGCUGAAAACUAUGCUGAUACACAGAAAUAGUUUAUUUCUCUGGGUUUUGUAUUGAAGAGAAAUGUAGAUUAAAUAUGCUUGUAGAGUUGGCAUAGGUAAGUUUUUGGCCUUUUGUUAAUAUAUCUAAUCUCUAGAAAGUGUCUGUAUCCACCAGUGUGGCCUGACUGGCGUGACCAUAAGUGGAUUCUGGAGCAUGUUCACAGCUACUCAAAAAUGCUACUGGCUUAAGUAACGUGCUAAGUCGAUACAUGGCUUCAUUUUGGUACUCAUGGUGGAAUGUAUAUAUCAAGUCCAUGUAUUCAUAUUGAACUUUUGAGUACGCGUUUGAUGUAACUGCAGAAAAGCAACUGGUUAGGAUAUCUUGUAUAAGCUGAAGUUCAUUAUCUUUAUGAAAUGCAAUUAUUUU